AUUUAAGUGAGACCACCCUUUACAACUACGCAGUUCCGGUUAAACGUCAAUGUUGGAUCGGCGUUCAACAGCACAACACAGUGAGCGGACUGCUUUACUUUAAACUCGGACCCUUCCAGGGACAAAAGGACAAAAAUGUCUUUUAUAUUUAAUUGGCUCUACAGAGGCUUCAGCAGUGUCUUACAGUUAUUAGGAUUAUAUAAAAAGUCUGGGAAACUUGUUUUUCUUGGAUUAGACAAUGCUGGAAAAACAACAUUAUUGCACAUGCUUAAAGAUGAUCGACUAGGGCAGCAUGUUCCAACACUUCACCCUACAUCUGAGGAGCUGUCUAUCGCUGGAAUGACUUUCACAACAUUUGAUCUUGGUGGUCAUGCUCAGGCAAGAAGGGUUUGGAAGAAUUAUCUACCCGCAAUAAAUGGAAUAGUCUACCUUGUUGAUUGUGCUGACCAUGAACGCCUACUUGAAGCCAAAGUUGAGCUGGAUGCUCUCCUAACUGAUGAAACAAUCUCCAAUGUGCCAAUCCUUAUUUUGGGGAAUAAAAUUGAUCGUCCAGAAGCAGUAAGUGAGGAUGCCCUUAGAGGAAUGUUUGGUCUUCAUGGACACACCACUGGAAAGGGAAAUGUGUCACUAAAGGAUCUCAACCUAAGGCCGAUGGAAGUGUUUAUGUGUAGUGUGUUGAAGAGACAAGGAUAUGGUGAAGGUUUUCGAUGGCUUUCUCAGUAUAUUGAUUAGCAUGUUAAAUGUCAUGAUUUAUAACAAUAUAUUUAUUAAAAUCCAUAUACCCUUAGUUAUUCAUUAAUAAAUUGUCUUAUUAAUUAAUCUGGUAAUAAAACUAUAGGAAACAGGGGUGUUGUAUAUUUAGUUAUUUGAGCUUUUAAAAUCCAGUGUGGAUAUAGAGUAGGCCUCUUAGAUAAACAUUAAUUUAAUGUGUAUCUAAGCAAGUAACUUUUUAAAGCAUUUAAAGAUGCUGUUUACUUUUCUUAAAGCAGGGAUAUAAAACAAAAUGAGAGUAGUUGAUGUAUAUGGGUAAUUGAAAAAGAUAUUGACAGUGGUACAAAACACCUACUUUUACCUUCAUGUCAGUAACGUAUACCCUGCCACACAGUUGUUCAUUUGAAUCAUGGACUUUCAUUCAGGUCAUUGUUUGUGCUGUGAUACAUUUUGAUGACGUAAAAAUCAUCAAAUGACACAAAAUCAGUGUUCUGUGUUACAUUACCUCUGUGCCUUAAUGCUGGUGGUCUUUAAUACAACUUUUCAGCUUCAUUUUUCACCUAUACAAAAUAACUUUUGAAGUGCUGAGGUGUUUUACCAAUGUAUACAUACUCAUUAAAGUGAUAUAAUAUUUUUGAUUCGUUUUUAAUAUUUAAACAUGAAAAUGUUUGCUAUUACACUGUUGUGAUACUUUAAAAACAGUCCUGUUUUAUUCAACGUUGGAUCUAUGUAUCCGCAUUGGCCUGUUUAACUACAACACCAGACUACCUGAAUAAUCAGUGCAAUAAGUACUUUUUGACUGUCAGCUGUGAUUUUGCAGCUUUGACAUGAGAGUACAGAGGCUUUCUUUAUUUCAUAGAAAAUAUACCUGUGCAAUAUGAAAACGUGUCAUUACUGGCUCUCUUGCCUGUAAAUAGGUUUAUGUGAAAUGCUGGCUGUUGAAAUGGCUAAUUGUGUACAUGCAACUUGUAACACAAUAUGUAAGCGUUACAAAUAAAAUAUGAAUGCAAUACAA